CCUCUUCCUUCCCCUCCCUCUUCUCCUUUCCUCCUCCCAGUCUCUCCUGGCCAUGAAGGCAGCAGCAGAGCAGCUGAGAGGAGGAUGCUGAGGACCAGCCCAGAGAGCAUCUUCCUGAAGAUGCUGCCUAGCUGAAAGGAUGGAGGGCGCUCAGGUCUUGCUCCCCGGCACCGUUCGCUCUCCUCGUUCCCCCGCACGGCGCUCCGCCGGGAUGGGCCCCCAUCCGAUGGAUUUCCCUGUCUGCCUCUCCCUCUGCCUCAUCCUGCUCAGCUCCUGCAGCCCGCAAUGCCUCGCUUUCUGGGAGGCGGAGGGGCGGCCCGCGAGACAACUACGCCAGGCCUUUCCGGAAGACCCCGGAAACGUGAGCGUGCCGGGUCCAGAAAGCACCUUCAGCUCACCUGCGCAAGCAGCCGGCAGUGCGGCUUCCGGAAACCUCUACGAAGGCGCCACAGCCGAGCCGGCCGGGGAGCCGUUAAACACCGCCGCCACCAUCAAAGCCACGCUGCCAACCAGCCUGGAUGCUCAAAGUCCUUCAGGACGCCAGGGUUUGGAUGUUGACGCCACUGCCUCAACCCCAGAGGUGGUUGGCAGCGAGCAGCAGUUGGACCCCAGUGUGCCCAGUAAGGAACUGGGGAGCAACGGGCAAAGCGAAGUCCUGCUUGCCCUGGUUGUGACAGCUCCAGACCCGAACGCCAGGGGUGAUGGGCUCAGCACCACCGCAGGAGUGCUGGUGGAGGGUGUCGGGGCAGGAGACGGGCUUGCGUCAACGGCGGAUGUUUUUGCGCCAGGCGUCUUGGAAGGAGGCAGAAGCGCCACAUGGCGACCGGCCACAGAAGAAGCGCCCAUUUCCGAAACGAUAGCCAGCAGCCGCUCCGUGACUCCUUCCCCUCCAGUGGGUCAAUACGUUGAUUCUGAUCAAGGGCCGGACAGAGACGACCCCUCAGUUUUGAGUGGCACAGAGGGUCCUGUCUUGGCUCCGACUGACGCCGCCUUGGGUUUGCAAAAGGGGAUCUCCACGGAUCGGGAGCUCUUGGAAGGCGUUCCUGGUGCCGCGGCAACUGUCACGCCGCAAAGCGACGACUGGGAUGAUACAAAAUUCGGGCCCGCCAGUCGGGUGGGUGCUCUGCGACCCGUGGCGGAGCUUUAUCCCGCCGUGGGGGGAGAGGAAGAGGAAGACGAUGUGAAGAAGGCUCUGUCGCCGAAAUUAUCGGCAGCCGCGGCGAAAGGAAGCGAGAAUGUUCAGACCGGGUUGGGCCUCGCGUCCGCGGCAAGCGGGGAGCCCACCUCGCCCUCUGCUAGCAUGGAUCCUGCCCAUAUCGCUGACACGUCAGCGAAAGCUGAAGCCCCCUCUGGGAGCGCAGUGGAAAAUGGAGACCUCGUUGCCACUUCCCGUUCCAGAUCCGUCGCAGAGACCACCGCUACGACGGACGCGACCAAAUCAGAUGUCUUCCAAACCCCGAGAGAUUCAUCAAGAGGCGUUACUCCUGGGGCAGCAACAUCCUUCCACGAGGCGGGUGCCGUGCUUCUUCCAGCUGCGACGCAAGGCGACUUUAGCACCCAGGAAGCCGCAGGACCAGAGAGGGGGAUGGAGGGAGAAACACCAACAGUUUUCAGACUCUCCCAGCUGCCAGAAGACUCCCCCCUUGCCACCGGUUUGCCUGUACUUAAAACACCGGAUGCAAAAGGGCCCGUCACUGCCCUUAGCGGAGAGGAGAAGGAGGAUGUUUCUGUUGCCAGCUCUCCUGCAACUCUGGGGGACCGGAGAACGCAGGACGAAGGGAUUCUGGGAGCGACCGAAGCCAUGACAGUUCCCCCGACCUUGGCACCCUUGACGAAGAGGACCACUGUCCCAGCCACGCACCGGAUCACCACGGCUGCAACCUAUGAGCUUGAUAGGCUGGAGUCAGAAGAGGAAGAGGAGGAGGAGGAGGAGGAAGAAGAGGAGGAGGAGGAAGAAGAAGAAGAGGAGGAGCCGGAGGAGGAAGAAGAUGAGGAAGAUGAUGGCAACGAAGAGGAGAGGGACCCAAAUUCCAUGGACGAAAGCUUGGACGAAGAUGCCAACCUGUCCAGCUUCACUCUUCCUGGGGAGGUGUCUCAGGAACCCCUGGAAGGGCUUGAGGACCCAGCUGGGGAGCUCUCUGGGGUCUCCUACCAAGUGCCAAGCGCCAUCGAAUGGGAACAACAGAACCAAGGGCUAGUGAGAAGCUGGAUGGAAAAGCUGAAAGAUAAGGCUGGUUACAUGUCUGGGAUGCUGGUGCCGGUCGGCGUUGGCAUUGCGGGGGCACUUUUCAUCUUGGGCGCUCUCUACAGCAUCAAGAUCAUGAACCGCCGGCGAAGGAACGGCUUCAAGAGGCAUAAGCGAAAGCAGAGAGAAUUCAACAGCAUGCAAGACCGAGUGAUGCUUCUAGCGGACAGCUCUGAAGAUGAAUUCUGAACCAGACUGCGGCGCCUCGUUUCCUGCCCUCCCGUGACUUUUAUUUCCUUCUCCCCCCCCCCUGUUUCCCUUCUUUCUUGUCGCCGAGGGAGGUGCGCAAGCGUUUCUGCUGCGCCGCCACAGAGGCCAGCCACCUUCCUCUUGCUCACGGGGCAGCAGUGCUUUUACACAACCUGCCCCUAUAAGAGGAAAACACACACACACACACCGAUAACAGCAUGCUGCAGCCCCAGUGUAACACACAAAUAUUGUUAUUUUUAAAAUAUAUGUAUCUCUGUA